AUGUCGAGCGACACGGCCAAGCUUGUCCUUCCGUCCCGGAAAAAGGAGCCAUAUGUCACGGUUUCGUGUCCGUAUGUGGACUGCCGUGUAUCCAUAGAGUAUCUGGCUCCAACGAAGGAAUCAGUGAGCACGCUGCCUGCCCAUGUCACCACAUUUUCCGUCACAUGUGCAGCGUGUCACCGGAAUUUUGACCCGCCUGCAUCGUCAAAAACUCUGCGAGAAAUUCGUGCUCAGCUGCAGCAUAGGGAGAGAGGCCCCCAAAAAAUAAGGAGACGUAUUGGUACUGACGAAAACCCACUUGAUAUGACGUAUUACGAUGUGCUGGGUGUCCCCGCUACGGCAACGGACGUAGAUAUCAAGAAAGCUUACAGGAAAAUGGCCAUCAAGCUGCACCCCGACAAAAAUCCCAACGAUCCGGAGGGAGAGGAAAAGUUCAAGACGCUGGGUGCCGCGUACCAUGUGCUCUCUGAUCGCGACCUCCGCCAUAAAUACAACGAGUUCGGUCCAUCCACACCUGGUCUUAUCGAUCCAGAUGGCGUCGUCGACCCUGAAGAAGUGUUUGGUGGACUGUUUGGAGGCGAGAGAUUCUACGAUAUUAUUGGGAAUAUUAGUAUUGGUCGUGACCUGAAAGAAGCUCUACAAAAGGACUCGGACGAGCUCUCUGCCGGCGCUGAGGGACAGGAGGCACCAACGAAAGGUGACAAACAUUUGACGCCGGAGCAAGCUGAGGCGAAGAAGGCCGAAGAAGAAAAGCAAGAAAAGGAGAAAGAGGCACAGCGUGAGAAGCGCGUCUCAAUGCUGGCUGACAAGCUGGCACACAAACUCAGUGUGUACGUGGAAAGUGUCAAAACAGCCGACGAUCCGGCCCUCGUCGAAGAGGUGCGUGAAGGGUUCCAACGUAUCACAUUGUUAGAGGCAGAGGAGCUGAAGAAGGAAAAUUUUGGCGUGGAGUUGCUACAUGCCGUGGGCUUUAUUUAUGGUGCCAAAUCGCGGCAUUACGCGGCUUCCAAUGGCAUGUUGGGUAGCCUGGGUGGAUUCUUCCAUGCCGCAUCGAGCUCGUUUCACACGGUGCGUGAAACGGUUUCGACGUUCCGUGCAGCGCUGGACUUGAAGAGUGUGUUUGAUGAGCUGGCGAAGGCGGAGGAGGAGGGUAUCACCGAGGAGCGCAAGAAGCAGUUGGAGGACCAGGCGGCAGAAAAGGGGCUACAUGCAUUGUUCAAAAGUGCGAAGCUGGAGAUUGAGAGUAUCAUUCGUGACGUAUGUGAUCGUGUUUUGUACGAUACCCGUCUGUCUAGGCAGACGCAAAAGCUACGAGCCGAUGCUCUCGGCAUAGUGGGGCAUGUCUAUGUGCAUGUGCAAAGUGAUGAAGACCACCCAUGA